AUGUCUCGCCACCACCCCGAUCUCGUCAUGUGCCGCAAGGCUCCCGGCAUCUCGAUCGGCCGCCUCUGCGACAAAUGCGAUGGCAAAUGCCCCGUCUGCGACUCAUACGUGCGGCCGACCACGCUCGUGCGCAUCUGCGACGAAUGUGCGUUCGGCAACUAUCAGAACAAAUGUGUCGUCUGCGGCGGAGAGGGCAUCAGCGACGCUUUCUACUGCUUCGAAUGUACAAGACUGGAAAAAGACAGAGAUGGAUGCCCCAAGAUCAUCAAUCUGGGAAGUUCCCGGACCGACUUGUUCUACCAGAAGAAAAAUUUCAGAAAUCAACAAUAUUGA